UAUGAGCGAUAAACAAACUUUUAUUUUGGUUUUCUUUUCAGCGGUAACAAAGUAUAAAGAGGGAAGCAUAGCAAAUCUUAUAAAAGUAUGCGUUUAUGUAUCCGAUGUCUUCAGUCUUCAGUUUUCAGGCAAAGGAGCUCUUUGUAAUCUAACCAUUCAACCGUGAAAUGGUAUACGCAGGGAAGUAACUAAUUGAUUAUUCAGGUGACAAAGUGAUCGAUGCACCACAGAUGAUUCUAUGGUUGAAAUUUGUUGCAGUAAAAUUAAGAGCAUUUGACCUGUACGAGAAAUCUUUUACAUUAUUUAUUUAGCUUCGUUUGGUGAAAAGUUUUGUUUCGUUCAGUAUAGUAUAGUAUCACAGACGGAAAAAAACUUUAAACAUGCAACAAGUGAGGAGUUUGGUUAAAGUCUGGUGUGUAGUUUUACUUUUCGCGAAUGCACAAGAAGUAUAUAGUGAAAAACUACCGAUUGUUUUAUGGCAUGGCAUGGGGGAUACUUGCUGUUUUCCGUUUAGCUUGGGUGGUGUUAGAAAGUUCUUGGAAUCAGAAAUCGGUGUUUACGUAAAAUCUAUUGAAAUAGGAAACUCCGUAACAGAAGAUUUUAAGAGUGGCUAUUUAGUUCAUCCUAAUCAGCAGAUAGAAAUGGUAUGUGCAGAGUUGAGCAAAGACGCAAAAUUGAAUAAUGGAUUUAAUGCUAUAGGGUUUUCACAGGGAGGCCAGUUCUUGCGUGGACUUGUUCAAAGAUGUGCAAGUGUACGCAUCCGGAAUUUAAUUACAAUGGGUGGUCAGCAUCAAGGUGUGUUUGGUUUACCAAACUGUCCCUCAUUAAGUAGUCGAACUUGUGAGCGUUUUCGUCAACUAUUAAACCACGCCGCUUACACGGAUUUGAUGCAACAUUUUCUCGUCCAAGCAACCUAUUGGCAUGAUCCACUCAAUGAAGCGAGAUAUAAAAACGCUAGUACAUUUUUAGCGGAUAUAAAUAACGAACGAUACCUCAACGAUAGAUAUGCAGAAAAUUUACUGAAACUUAACAAAUUCGUCAUGGUUAAAUUUAACAAAGACACAAUUGUGCAACCAUUGGAGUCUCAAUGGUUUGGUUAUUACAAACCAGGACAGGAUAAAGAAACGCAGCCACUCAAUGAAACGGACCUAUUUAUCGAGGAUCGGCUCGGUCUGAAAACGAUGUACGAAGAAAACAAAAUAGUGUUUCUUGAAUGCGAGGGAAACCAUCUUCAGUUCACAAAGGAAUGGUUCCGAAACGAAUUGUUUAGAUUUUUGAUGUAGAUGCAGAACAUGCAAUUUCUGCGUUGUAAAAAUAACUGAACAUAAAAUCAUCGGUCAUAUUCAUAUUUGUUGACCCAACCAAAUAUGUCUAAAUAUGUAUAUUACCAAAUAUGUCACUAGCUUAAGUCUACAUAUUUUUCUAAAUAUGUCACUAGCUUAAGGCCAGGCAUUACGACCUGGCCGUUCUUCUCAAUUAAAACAAUAAAUAACAACGAACCACGAAUGCGGUUAAAUGGAAUAA